AUGUCUGACCUCCAACGUUCUUUUGUCAAGAGCAAGCUCAGCAAGCUCCCGCCCGUGCCAUCGUUUUCAGAAGCGGAAGAAGAUGGAAUCGAAGAGCAAGCCGAACCAUCGUCGAUAGCGAUACCGCGGCUCCUCAAACGCAAGCAGCAACAGGAAGAUUUUUCACCACGCACGGCAGAAGGAUGCUUCGAGCAGGCCCUGGAGGUGGAUGUGCCGCUCGAUAGUGACAGUGCUCUGUUUCGUGUCUACUACACUCCUCCACAGCCCAAGCAGGCGACGCAGCGACAAGCUCCGUUUCCACGGACAGAGGCCGGGUCUGCUUCUCUACAGAAGCUCGCUGUAGACGUCAACUCUCCUUCGCUUCCGACGCUCCAACCGGGUGUUGGGCUUCCAAAUGAUGAUGCGGAUGAGGACGACGAAGAGCAAACCACCACAACUUCGCAGGCGGCACCGCCGAAUCCGGGGACACUGUUCGUGUUUCACCACGGUGCAGGAUUCAGUGCACUCUCUUACGCCCUGGCAGCAGCGGAAAUCACGAAGCUCAGCGGAGGCGAAGUGGGCGUGCUCGCAUAUGACUGUCGUGGCCACGGACGAACACGUUUGCAAGGCGUCAAGACGGAUCCGCUCGACAUGUCGAUCGACGUACUCUCGGCUGAUCUGAUUGCCCUGCUUUCGACCAUGUUUCCUCGAUCGGAAGAGAUGCCAUCGCUGGUCCUGGUGGGUCAUUCUAUGGGUGGAUCUGUGGUUGUUUCUGCAGCACAUGCCCUUUCAGCGAAAGGCUUCAACCGCAUCUCAGGCGUUGCAGUGCUAGAUGUGGUCGAGGGCACAGCGAUGGACGCGCUCAGCGUGAUGCGAAGCGUCGUUCUCAGCCACCCGUCUGGAUUUACUUCAGUGGAAGAUGCGAUCCGAUGGCAUGUCGACAGCAAGACUAUUGCCAAUCUCGACAGCGCGCGCAUCAGUGUCCCUCCUCUCAUCGAGCCUAACCCCGCCUUCACAGCACCUGCUCCUGCUCGACACCCUAACGCCACAGCAGAUCACGACGAACCGCAGGAAAUCCUCGACGACCCAUCCGACCACACUCGUCCCGACACCCAGCAGCAUCCCUAUCGAUGGAGAGCCGAGCUGCUCGCCACCGAGCCGUUCUGGACCACCUGGUUCCAGGGUCUCUCGUCGCGCUUCUUGACCGUCAAGACCGCGCGUCUGCUGCUGCUCGCGGGCACAGACCGUCUCGACCGCGAACUCAUGAUCGGACAAAUGCAGGGCAAGUAUCAACUCGAAGUCAUCGCAGAUGUAGGCCAUUCCCUGCACGAGGAUGCCCCAGAGCGUACGGCUCGCAUCUUGUUCGACUUUUGGAGGAGGAACGAACGCAUCCACCUGCCGCUCAAGAACAUCAAGAAGGUUGGCGAGCCCUAG